AUGUACAAUAUCUUGAAGCAGCGUGCUCGAUUUCUGCAGGAUCAACAUCAACAAUUGUACCUACAGCGGUGGUGUCCUGGAAACGAAGAUCGUGGUCCGAGUACUUAUAGUGCAGCAUGGGGUAUUGAACAGCAGCGUGCUCAAUUCCUGCAGGAUCAACAUCAGCAAUUGUGCCUAGAGCGGUGGUGUCCUGGAAACGAAGAUCGUGCUCCGAGUACUUAUAGAGCAGCAUGGGGUAUUGAACAGAAGAAAGUGAUCAUACAUAAAGUAUUUCAAAAAGAUAACGUUGAAAACAAUGAUAUCCUAAAAGCCACACCUGGCUGCAAUGAUAAGGGUGUGGUAAGUGGCCGUCACAUAGACGUGACCGCUGUGCGUAAUCCAAAUAUAGGCCGUUUGAGAAAUCAAGGAUCGAUGACGACUUCAAACGUACGUCGUAAGCGCAAUGACCGAAUAAUCAACUACUUUGGCAUUCCCUACCUAAUGAAGCGGUUGCUGUGUGAGAUCGGCCGAUGCGUUGACUGGGUACUCAUACGAGGUUGCUGGACCCUUAUUUCUGUCAUGAGUAGAGAUCUCUCGAGUGGAAGUUUUCGUGAGAUGAGAGACAGCAUCGCUAAUCGUGAGGUUAUUUUGAUGAUACCUGAUUCGUUACCUGUAACACUGUUUUUCGUUUUAUUAACUCAACCUUUGUAUGAAUGUUUGGGAAAUCCUGUUAAUGAUGGACUCUAUGCUGAUCUUGGCCAGAAGCUCUUGAGGUGUCUGUUAUCGAGAGAUGAACAAGUGGGUUACCCUAAACGUCACUAUCUAUUCCAUAUGGUAUCCUAUGUCAUUCAUGAAGUUUUGCGGGAUGAAUUGAGGAGUUCUGGGAAGAACAGGCCCUGUGAGCGGUUUAAGCUCGACGAUCAAGUGCAACACAAACACGACUUCGCACGGGAGCACUUGCCAAAGGCUCAGAAGGCAUAUGUACUCGGACACAGCAUAGGUGCAUACAUGAUGCUUAGGCUACUUCCAUAUAUGAAGGACGACUCCAACGUGAAGAACGCCAUGGGGCUGUUUCCCACUGUUGAAAAAAUGUCUGAGUCUCCAAAUGGUGUGUACCUUGAACAAAUUCUUACGUCUUUACAGUAA